AUGAAUUUGACUGUAAUUCCUGUUUGGGCAUUUAGUUGCGUCAUUGGCACGAACUUAUGAGUAACAGACAGAGUCAAUCUAGUAGUUCAAACCAAGUUCCAAGCACGAAUGUUCCAACUUUUGGAAGAUACGCGUCUCAAGACCCUCCCAAUUCUCGUAAUGUUCAAGUCUCAACGGAAAACCAACAAAGACCAGAUCCACGUUGGUCUCCAGUGAACUUGUUUCCUCCUGGUUUCAGUGGUUCCACAGAGAGAAGUAGGCGAAAUAUUGUACAAGGACCCCCAGGGUUCCAUAAUUCUACCACAGCUCGCGCUUUUGACUCUGAAACCCACUUUCCUGGCGUGGGAGAUCCUUCUCUGGGGGGAAAGGUUGCGUCAGGUUCGAAUCAGUCGCUGUCAGGUUACCGUGCGGAUACUAACGCCAGGUUUACUUCGCCAAAUUUAUCUUCAGAGCCUAUUUCAACUUACAGUAUUCCCUCCUCUCAAGUGGAUCCGCCAGAUCUUUCCCGACUAAGAUUGAGUACUGCCCAACCUUCAGGAGCACAAUUGCCACCACGGGAUACAGUUCCUACAGCUAAAACGGAAAGCUUAGUUUCCGAAUCUCAAAGUCACUAUACAUCUCAAGCAAAGGGAUCUACUCUUCCCAGACCUGGUCUUAUUCCACGACCCGCUAUGCCACAGACGAAUUAUCCCGCAGCAUCGCAGCCAGGAGUUGCCUUAGCAACAGAUACUCAGCAGCUGCCUAGGCCUGAUAUGUCGUCAUUUGGUAUAGCCCUCAGGAUUAGAGAAGGAGAUAUUAGUGAAAACUAUUUGGCCUCUCUAAAGUAUGCAACGAAUAUAAGGAACCAAACUGGGUCUCAGAACGUUACAGCUUCAGCAGAGAGUACAGUCAAUGCAGCGGUGAAUAAUUUUCUUCCUGCAGCUUGCUCAGAAGAAGUCUUUAAACCAGUUCAUCCAUGUUUCAUGAGGAUGUCUGUCGGCAUGUUUCCAAAUGCCCCAACUCUUCGAAGUAAGUUUCCUUUACCUGUAGGAGCAGUUGUACAGCCACUUGCAGAACCACCCGCUGGGGAACAAAGUGUUCCUGUAGUAAACUUCGGUAAAGCAGGAAUAAUUCGUUGCAGAAGAUGUCGAGCAUACAUCAAUUAUCUUUCCAUGUUCGUGGAUAGUGGCAGGAAGUUUCGUUGCAACUUUUGUGGCUUUCUAUCGGACGUUCCAUCGGAUUAUUAUUGUCCUUUGGAUAAUGCAGGUAGAAGAUUAGACGCGAACGAAAGACCUGAACUUACUUGCGGAAGUGUCGAUUUUGUUGCUCCUUCAGAAUACAUGGUCCGUCCUCCCAUGCCUCCCACUUAUUUAUUUGUUAUAGAUGUGUCUUCUUCAUCUAUUUCCUGUGGGGCAUUAAGUUGUUUUAUUUCAAGUAUUCGACAAUCUUUGGAUUUCUUACUAGGAGACGACCGUACGAGAAUCGGAGUCAUAACUUUUGACUCAACGGUACAUUUUUAUGGUUUGAAGUCCUCCUCAGAGAAUCCAAAUGGGAAGUUGGAUCCUUUCAUGGCUGUAGUAUCCGAUGUGGAUGACGUUUUCUUGCCAAUUCCGCAUGGAUGUUUGGUGAAACUUCAGGAUUGCAGGGAGUCACUUGAAAUUCUUUUGGAUAGACUAGAAAAUAUGUUCUCAAUGUCGAAGGACAGUGGAGGCGCAGUUGGUGCCGCUGUAUCGGCCGGCUUCUUAUUGUUGCAGACUUGUGGAGGAAGACUAGUUCUCAUGACUUCUAGUAGACCUACACUUGGUGUAGGAGCACUUUCAAAAAGCGCUCUGGAAGGAGGAGAACGCUGUAGCCCUAAUAUUGUAGGAACUGAUAAAGAACGACAGUAUUUAGAGCCAGAUAACACCUUUUAUAAAAAGACGGCAGUGAACAUGUCAAGGGCUCAGAUUUCAUGCGACAUUCUUUUAUGUUCUGGCACUAAUGCAUAUUCGGACCUGGCAACGAUAACACCACUUGCAAAGUAUACUGGAGGCGAAAUACUGUACUUGACGAGAUUCGAGCCAUCAAAGGACUACAUCGUAUUGAUACGUUCAUUGCGAAGAAUGGUUAGUCGCGAGACUGCCUGGGAAGGAGUCAUGCGUAUCCGUUGUACUCGAAGUGUCAAGUGUCACGGAUUCCUUGGCCGUUUCUUCAUGAGAUCUACUGACUUAUUGACGCUUCCAAAUACAGACGCAGAUAAGACCUAUGGAGUAGAAUUUGUUCUUGAAGACAAUGAUAUCAGAACCGAAGCCUUUGCAGCACAAUGUGCUGUAUUGUAUACUGCCUCAGGAGGAGAGAGACGUGUACGAAUUCACACUAUUGCGAUUCCUGUAACCAAAAACAUGGCUGACCUUUUUUGUUAUGCAGAUAUUGGAUCUAUGACGAACCUUACUUUGAGAAUAUGUGCAGAUGCUGUGUUGAAUAAGAAUUUUGAAACUGUUCGUAAAGAUGUUACUGAUUCCCUUGUUCAGGCCCUUGUAAAGUAUCAACAGGGAGGUUCCCAAAUGCAAUCGCAGUAUAGUACAGUAUCAAACCUGAAUAGUCAACUAGUAUUACCAGAGCCACUUCGUUUGUUUCCUCUAUAUAUUCAGGGUGUCCUAAAGUCACCACUUCUUUCCCGAGAAGCCGGUGUAGCUGCUUCUAUGUUACUGGAUGAUAAGUCCUUUCUGCAUUCCUUGAUUGAUAUUUUCUCUGUGACGUUAAGUUCUGCCUAUGUAUAUCCAAACAUUGUUCCGUUAUUUCCAUUAGAUGAAGAAUCAAAUGCCAGUCAGAUCGGUUUCUUUGUAUCAGGUGGGCCAUUGUCAGUACAACUACCAGAAGGCUUGCGUGCAUCUGCAGCACAUGUUCUUCAUUCACACAGAGUGGUUCUUAUAGAUGAAGGGAUAUUAUUGUGGAUUUGGUUUGGUUCUAGUGUGAAACCUUCUUUCGUGCAAGAACUCGUUGCAGAAACUAGUGAAGAAAUUGCACCCAUAUUUGGAAAUACUGGUUCGAUAUCGCCACAAUACCUUGCAAGAGCAUUCCUUUGUAUACCAAAACCCGGAUAUACAUCAUCUGCUUCACGAGCGAGAGCUAUAGUUCAAAGUAUUUUAGCUUGUAGACUUCCAUGGACUCCUUUACGUGUUGUCUUUCAAGGUGACCCGUUGGAGGCAAGAAUUUUGUCCCUUAUGGUUGAGGACCGAACGGUCAGUCAACCCAGCUAUAUAGAGUUCCUUUCAUCAGUACAACGUCAAGUACAAGCACGUCUAACAAAUUCUUAGAAUACGAAAAGCCUAUUAUAUAUAAAUCUUGAAUUCAAUAGAAAUUUCGAUUGUUGCCCAUAUGCAACUUGGAGGCUGUGUAUGGUUGUCUGGCGAAAGAAUCAGAAGUGCUCAGGAUAGAAUUCUGUCGCUGUUAGUAAAGUACAAUAUUAUUUU